CUAAUAUGGAAUGCAGCAGGAAACCCAUGAUUUCCUGAUACUCGGCAAGCUGGAGGAAGCAAGGGAAAAACUCCAUUAAAAAGCCCAGCUUCCCUCCAUGUUAGAUGUGAAGUGGAAAAGAGGAAAGAUUUAGCAGAAUUCUGUGUCUUCAGCCAGGCUGGAGAGGGGAAGGGCAAAGCGAAACCCUCGAGCUGUUGAAAUUUCUAGACUGCCAGGAAGCCCCUAGAAUUCAGAGAAAAAUGAGGGUUUCUUAACUCAAACUAGAGGGGAAAGGGGACAGAUGCUUUUAAUCGUUCUCCCAAAUGUGUGCUACCUUUCUUGACCAGGAUGGUAAGCAUGAGGGCACAUGCCAGCUGCCUCGGACAGGUCCCUGUGACCCCAGGCACCCCAAAGAAGGCAGAGUGAUCUCCAACCCGCUGCUCACUCGCUUCCCGCGCUCCAUGGGCUUGGGGAGAAGCAGGAGAAGCCACAGCAACUGCCCGGUCCCAGCAGCUGGAGCCGCCCGGAUGAGCUGCACAGAGGGAGGUGACAGCAGCUGUGGCUGCGGGGGCACGGAGGAGAAGAAGAUGCUGAAGUGUGUGGUGGUGGGGGACGGCGCCGUGGGGAAAACCUGCCUGCUGAUGAGCUACGCCAACGACGCUUUCCCAGAGGAGUACGUGCCCACUGUGUUUGACCACUAUGCAGUUACCGUGACAGUGGGAGGCAAGCAACACUUGCUCGGACUGUAUGACACCGCAGGACAGGAGGACUACAACCAGCUGAGGCCGCUCUCCUACCCCAACACUGAUGUGUUUUUGAUCUGCUUCUCUGUCGUGAAUCCUGCCUCUUACCACAACGUCCAGGAAGAAUGGGUCCCAGAGCUGAAGGACUGCAUGCCUCACGUGCCUUAUGUCCUCAUAGGGACCCAGAUUGAUCUUCGCGAUGACCCCAAAACCUUGGCCCGUUUGCUGUAUAUGAAAGAGAAACCUCUCACUUACGAGCAUGGUGUGAAGCUUGCAAAAGCGAUUGGAGCACAGUGCUACUUGGAAUGUUCGGCCCUAACUCAGAAAGGUCUCAAAGCGGUUUUUGAUGAAGCGAUUCUCACCAUUUUCCACCCCAAGAAAAAAAAGAAACGCUGCUCUGAGUGUCACAGCUGCUGUUCAAUUAUCUGAGGCUGCUGGGGGACUGGCCUCCACCCCACCUAAAGGUGACAGUGGCGCCGACCUCUGAGACCAAGCUCAAGCCAUGAAGGAAGGUGCGACCAGAGAGGACGUCCCUUUGCACGGAGCCUUGAUCCCUCCCCCAGGAGCCCCUAGCAAGCACAGCACACCAACUGCCACGUCCCCCCUCUCAGCCUGAAGCAUCCACAUUGCACACUCCAUGAAAACGCUGAGCCCGCCCAGACGUCAGCCAGCGCUGCUGCUGACCAUGUUGCCAAUGAAAGCAAAGACCAUGUUGCAUUUUGCAUCUUCCCUCCAUGAACGUGAAGCUGAUGAGAGGAAAUCAUCACCAAGAUACCAGAAGAGGAACUCAGUUCCUGUAUUGGUGGCCUUACCCCGUGUCUUCUGCAAAACCCAGGAACACUAUACUAAUCUUGUUCUCUGAAUCUGAUGUUAAACCUAUGUGUCUUGCAUUUAUUUGUAUUAUUUUUUAAAAUGUACUAAUUUAUCAAUUUACUCAGGCCUUACAAGUCCAUACCAAAUUAGCCUCAAGGCAAAGAUUUUUAUAUUCAUUUCCAUUUUCAGCCUGUUUCUACCAAAGCUAUUAGAACCAACGCGUACCUCUGAAUGCCUGACUGUAAGAAGGAAACAAGAAAAUGUUACAACUUUUGGAAAUUUACAAAGAUUUUUGAACCUGGUUGAAAGAAAAACACCACCUGAAUUGUCGCGGGUCCCCACUUUUGCCAAAGAUUCACCCUGGAAAUGCUUUUGCUGAUGGGUAACCCUAUUUUUUCCCCCCAUAUUUAUAUUGUCAUAGCAAAUUACAAAUGAACUGUGUUUAAGAAAGUAGUAUUUCUGCUUUUUAAUCAAACUGAUUGGGGAAGAAUAUGGCAGACCUAGGUUUUAAAAUAUUCUUUAUUCAGCAAAGAGAAAUUUCCUGCUCCCUCCCUUCCAGGCGCCUGCCCUUUUCUUCCCUUAAUUUCACUUUCUCCCUUGCCCAAUAAUAACCUGAUCUAAAAGAAAGCUCUGGCCAUGGGGCAUGAAAAAGUAAAUGUUUAAAAGUCCCCAAAGGUUAAGCAAAGUGCUUCCAUAUUUCCACUUGCUUCAACCCGAAGGGCUUCUCAGCUUGGUUCACGUCCACUCCCUGUUCCAUUUAAAUGACAUUUUCCAAGUACAGCUGGUACUAAUAUAUUGCCUCUCCCUACUUCCUACACUCAUUGUCCCAAAUGUGUGUUUAGGGGAUGGAUCUGUGGGUACCAAGUUCUGAAUCUGUUUAUCCCCUGCUUCCAAAGUGCUGUGCUCUGUAGAACAGCACCUUGGGUCUUUGAAAGUAAAAGCUCCCAGUAAAGAAUGAUGUGCGCUUUCUAUAUGCCUCUUCCAAAUAGCGAGGGAUUCUUGCAUCACAGAGUGAAUUAUUUCCUAGCUUUUAAUUAGAGACGAUAAAGUCUCCUAAUUAGUCUUAUUUGCUUGCAAUUACCCUGGAAACACCCAGGUAGGCAGUUUACUUUUGAUUUCAAUUGCAUAAGCAAAGUGCCUCUUGCAGUAUCAAAUGACACCAAUUUUAGCAUAACAAUUUCCAGAUUCACACUCCUUCUGUUGGAAAAAUCCAGUCUUUUUCUAGUCCCUUCUCCUCCCGGAGGUAGCCCCAUAUAACAUAUGAUGUGGGUCUUCUCUGUUAACGCCUUCCAUGACAUCCCCUCAGUUUUGGGGUUUUGUUUGUUUGUUUAGAAUUUCUGAAAUGAGUUUUUCUUUCUUCCAUGUUGCAAGUCCUAUUUCCCUGCUCGACUCUCCAGUUGCUAAACAUUUUCUUAAACACACACAUACAGGCACGCAUACACACAGAGAUACACACCCUCAAACUAAAAGAAAACGGGAGUUUUGUGAGCCAAAGCUUGACAUUUAGAGACAACUAGGACUUUCUUCCUCUGUAAAUGGAAAUCAACCGUCCAUAAACAGUAACUUUACAGAGGUUAUGGAUUCCUUCUUUACAAACAAUAAUGAGCAUUUAGUCCUGUAAUAAAUGAAAUGCUGUUAGCCAGUUUUGUUACAUCAUUGCAUGGUUACAUCUUACUAAAGGGCCAUUCCUCACUUCUCACUGAUGUUGAUGAAAGAGUGCGUAUCUUUGCUCUACCAAGGAGAACUUUCCAGACAUGUGCAUCUAAGAGCAAAUGAUUCCCCAGGCCAUGACCUCCCUACUGGACCAUGGGAAUUAACGAGUUCACAGUGAGAAAAUCACUCUCCCACCUAGAACCAGAACCCACCUAGAACCAGUGUCUGGGUGGAGAGGCUGCUAAAAGUCAUAAAGGUCAUAAAGCUCAUUAUUAAAUAAAAUAAUGAAGAACAAAACGACAUAAAUGAGUUAAUGUCAUUCUACCAAAUUAACCAUGUGUUGCAGUUUCAUGGCAAGAGGUAGUUCAUUUCAGUAAAACAUGUUUCCUGCCGUAAGAUUAAAUAAAACUAUAUU